UCAGAGACCUGCGGAAAGUGAUAGCGAUGGCAGCUGGGCCGGGUGGACGGCUUGGGCCGACGUUUGGGCUACGGUUGCUGUUGGCAACUGUUCUUCAAGCGGUGUCUGCCUUCGGGGUGGAGUUUUCAUCAGAGGCUUGCAGAGAGUUAGGCUUCUCCAGCAACUUGCUCUGCAGCUCCUGUGAUCUUCUUGGACAGUUCAACCUGCUCCAGUUGGAUCCCGACUGUAGAGGAUGCUGUCAGGAAGAAGCACAAUUUGAAACCAAAAAGCUGUAUGCAGGAGCUAUUCUUGAAGUCUGUGGAUGAAAAUUGGGGAGGUUCCCACAAGUCCAAGCUUUUGUCAGAAGUGAUAAACCCAAGCUAUUCAAAGGACUACAGAUCAAGUAUGUUCGUGGUUCGGACCCUGUACUAAAGCUUUUGGAUGACAGUGGGAACAUUGCUGAAGAACUGAGCAUCCUGAAAUGGAAUACAGACAGCGUAGAAGAAUUUCUGAGUGAAAAGUUGGAACGCAUAUAAAUUUUGAUUAAAUUGUAUCCUAUCCUUUUGCUACCUUAUCAAAUGAAAUGUUUCAGCACCUAGAAAAUAAUUUAGUUUUUCUUUCAUCCUUUGAUCAGUCUUUUACUGAGGCAUUUAACAUCUAAUUAAAAGUUAAAGUAGCAGCACAGCCCAUGAUAUCUAAGGACUUGGAGAGUUUAACAAACCUCAUUUUUUAUAAAUUUCUAUCCCCCUACAAUUGUUGAUACCACUAACAAAGUGCUUUGUAAUAAGACUUGUGGUUAAUUAUGCAAAUGAUAGUUUGUGAUAAUUGGUCCAGUUUUAUGAACAACAGAUUUUUAAAUUAGGGAGGUUAAAAAGAGAGAUAAUUACUACUAUGCUUCAUGUGCUGUGUGCUCUUUGAAAGUAAUUACAGUAAACUGCAGAGCAAAUAAGAUAUACCAGAGCCUCAACUGAUUGCUUGAUCCUCAUAUUCUCUCAUAUUUUUGUAUUACCCAGCUUUCCUUUUAAUAGAAAUGCUCUAAUACACCAUAAUGAAUGAACAGCAUAAACAUUUUAUGGCUUUGUUAUUGUGAAAUAGAUUAAGAUCUACUGUAAGAAUGAAAUAUUCACUGAUUUGCAUUAAUGAAGAC